GUGUGGCUGCCUCACUACUGUUUUUUUCCGGACUAGUUAGGCUGAAGUCUUCCAUUGCCAUUGUCCAAGUCAACUGGCGUAUUAAGUAGCUCAUAUAGGCACCGUAUUGGGAAGAAUGGGCAAAAUAACAAGGGAUUAUUAGCUCCUUAACAUACUGGGUGAUUCAGGAAGGAUAUGGCUCCAGUUUAUGAAUUUCUCUUCCUUUUGUUUUGUCACCUUAUAAUGGUACUUCCCUUGGCGGCUGGAGAUGGGAAUGGCUACAAAGGAGAGUGCCCUCCUUCAUUUCAAUGUGGAUAUGUUGGCAAUAUCAGCUUCCCUUUCACUACAACAGAACGCCAAGACUGUGGCUUAUUGGCCAUACACAAUUGUGAUGAUCAUCCAAUGAAGCCAAAAGAGAUCCAAUUAGUCAAUCAAGGGAAAUGGUUUCUGGUUAUACGCGUUGAUCAGGUUCCCCUAGGUCCCACUGUUACAACUUUACAAGUUAGAGACAACAAUCUGUAUCAACUUCUGCAAUCCAGAAAUUGUGAAGCUUUCACGUACAAUUACACUCUUCCUCCCACCUUCCAUUUUGGUGCUUUUAGUAUCAGAACUAAAGCAACCCUGUUUAGGUGCAACCAAACCCUCCAUGUCAGGCCCCCAAUAUAUAUGUUUAAUUAUACAAAGUGCCAUGACUACGAUCUCUACUACGGGCCAGAAAUCACUGCUAAUUAUGCUUUGACAGCAUGUGCAAAGGUCCAGCUUCCAAUUAAAGACGUGCCCGACUCUUAUGACCCAUUUACAUUCGUAAACGCUGAUAUCAACGUUGAAGUAAAAUUAACAGAUGAAUGUGCCAAUUGUCACCAUUUACAGAGAGGGCAGUGUCAACUCGACAACGGAGGGAGAUUUUAUUGUGCCAACAGUUACGAUAAAAUCGGAAAGAAGAUGCCGAUAGUGGCAACAGUGUCCUUGGUGACUGCUGGAGUUGCAGUGCUGAUGGUCUUGGCUUGCUGCUUUAGGACAAAGAUCUUCUCUCCCCUAUAUCUUUUGUUUUGGAAGGCCAAACCAACCCAUAAGAUUAUUGAGGAGUUUUUGAAGGAACAUGGACCCCUCCCUACCGCCAGGUACAGUUAUUCAGAGGUCAAGAAAAUUACCAACUCUUUCAGAAACAAAUUAGGCCAAGGAGGAUACGGAUGUGUAUACAAAGGGAAGUUACAUGAUGGACGUGUUGUUGCCGUCAAGAUUUUAAGCAAAUCAAAAGGUAACGGAGAAGAAUUCAUCAAUGAAGUUGCAAGUAUUAGUAAGACUUCACAUGUUAACAUUGUUACUCUUCUUGGAUUCUGUUUGGACGGUUCCGAAAGGGCUCUAAUAUACGAAUUUAUGCCUAAUGGAUCUCUUGAGAAGUUCAUAUAUGAAGACAAAAAUCCGUUACAGGUUGCUCGCCAAUUGGAUUGCAAAACAUUGUAUGAUAUUGCAAUUGGGGUUGCUCGUGGGUUAGAGUACCUGCAUAGAGGUUGCAACACUAGAAUCUUGCAUUUUGACAUAAAGCCUCAUAACAUUCUCUUGGAUGAGAAUUUCAGCCCCAAGAUUUCAGAUUUUGGACUUGCAAAAAUUUGCACAAGAGAAGAAAGUAUAGUAUCCAUAUUUGGUGCAAGAGGAACUGCAGGGUAUAUUGCGCCAGAGGUAUUUUCUAGGAAUUUUGGUGCAGUAUCACAUAAGUCAGAUGUUUACAGUUAUGGAAUGAUGGUCUUAGAAAUGGUUGGGAUGAGAAAAAAUAUUAAUGCUAAAGUUGACCGUUCCAGUGAAAUAUAUUUUCCUCAUUGGAUUUACAAUCGUCUUGAAUCAAAUCAGGAGCUUGGUCUUCGGAAUAUAAGAAAUGAAAGUGAUGACGAAAAGAUGAGAAAGAUGACAAUAGUGGGCUUAUGGUGCAUCCAAACCGACCCUUCAACUCGACCAGCCAUAAGUAAAGUGAUAGAAAUGCUAGAAGGUAGUAUUGAGUUGUUGCAAAUACCACCCAAACCUUUUCUGUCUUCUCCAAAAACCUCUCCAGUCCAUUUGUCACGUGAGACACUGUAGUAUGUGAGAAUACUAGGAUGUAGUUUUGUUGCAAUAUAUUGCAUUUAUUACAGUAAUAUUAUUUUUCUUUUGAUUUGAGUUUGUAAAUUUAUUAGGGACUU